AUGGCGUCUUCAACGGAUAUCGUUACGCUCGAUAACUUCGAGUCUAAGAUGCCGAAAUGGGAGCCCAACCUCCCCAACCACCUCUACGCAUUAGUAGACAUGGGAAGCAAUGGCAUCCGCUUCUCGAUAUCAGAUCUGUCGCCGCCACAAGCACGCCUUCUGAAGUGUCUCUAUCGGGAGCGGGCUGCUAUCUCGCUAUAUGAUGCUUUGAAUUCGUCUUCGGCGUCCUCGGGUGGGUCCUUAAGAUUUCCAGCCGACACUAUCAAUCAAGUGUCCCAGACUCUGGCCCGGUUCAGAUCGAUCGCAGACGACUAUGGCGUACCACCGGCUCAAGUUUCCGUCUUUGCAACGGAAGCUAUGCGGAAAGCGGAGAACGCUGGCUCCAUGCUAGAUGCCAUACGAGAAGCUUCUGGUCUGGGGGUACAGGUACUUGCCCCGGAAGUCGAGACCCUCUUUGGGGCAAUGGGGGCAAGGAGCAGCUUCGCGGAGGUGAACGGACUAUUUCUGGACCUUGGUGGCGGCUCCGUUCAGAUGACAUACAUGGAUUCGGCCAUGGAGGGCUACGAGGUCGCCGCGGCCCAAACCGGCAAGAGUCUGCCUUUUGGCGCUGCCAGGCUGAUCAAGAUCCUGGAAAGCGACGAAGCAAUCCUGCAUAGCACAGCCAAGAAUGAGCUUAGAAGUGGCCUCCAAGGCGCCUUUUCCAAGCUCCAGCAGCAGUUCCCGAGUUUGAAGGCUUUGACGGAAGACUCAGGUGCCAGUGGUAUCGAUAUCUACCUAUGUGGUGGUGGUUUCAGAGGAUAUGGUAGCAUGCUGAUGCACAGCGACCCGAUCCAGCCGUAUCCGAUCCCUGCAGUGGGAGCUUAUACAGUGACAGGGGAUUUCUUCAAGCAGACGGACGUCAUGCGCAAAAUCAACCAUGAGUACCAGGGCAAAGUUUUCGGCAUGUCCAAACGUCGUCGGGAGCAAUUUCCUGCUAUUGCCACUGUCGUCGAGUCCCUCAUUGCGGCUGUGCCCAAUAUACGUACCGUGACCUUCUGUAGCGGUGGGAACAGGGAAGGCGCUCUCAUUAUGAAGCUUCCGAAGCAAGUGAGGGAGGCAAGACCACUCAAACUCCUCCAUCAGCCUGGAGACCAAAUGAGCGAUGAGACGAUCGAUGCCGUGGUUAGGACCAUCAAGUCCGCUAUCCCGGUUGACUUCGAUAUGUCAAGUAUAUCCACAGUCUUCACUCUAGGUCUCAGCCCUUUGUUCGUGGGAAAGAUCUGGUCACAUUUCGGGGAACCUAGUGACGCCAACGCCGCAUAUGAGCUACACCGCGCCGUCUCCCGUGAUCCAAGCGUUCCAGGUUUUACCCAUCUAGCACGUGCAGUACUUGGCCUCACUCUUUGUGCUCGAUGGGGCUCAUACCUAGGUCCAGUCGAUCAACAGUUGCAUACAAGCCUUCGGAAGUUGGCUUGUGAUGAGUCCCCCGAGGCGAUAUACUGGGCAGAAUAUCUGGGUGCUGUGGCCUCUGUGCUUACCACGAUAUGCCCAGCUGAGCCAAAGACGCCGGGCCAGUUGGAAAAAACCAUCAGGUUCGCGGCGAAAAUGGUCAAAGGAAAUAAACAUCCCCACAUUGAACUGACUAUCGCCAUUGCCCGCCAAGCCGCUAUAGGUCUUCAUCCCCAAGAUAUCUGCAGUGUCUUUGAGAAUCUAGGCAAGUUCAAGAAAGAUGCUUUGACCGUUGCCAGGAAAGUCAAUCCCAUCGUCAUAUCGUUAUCAUAA